GCCCCUUCUUUCUCUGCGGCCCUUCGGCGCGUGAGUGACAACCGCCCAGACAGAGGGGGCGAUGUCCGCGGCGUGACUCGGGCCGGUCGCGGGGCAGACAAAUCCCCUGCUCCUGGCCAGGGGAGGCUCCCGAGCGGAUCCUCGGGAAAGGGGCUCCAAAGGUCAAGAAAUUGCCCCGCGGGGCGUUCGGGAAGACGGAAAGUAAAACACUUUUUUGUAUCCCGCCCCCUCUCCCGUCACGUGACCACGCGGGGCGGAAAGAGGAAAUCCGAGGACCCGGCGACGCCCAGAACAGGAGCCCAUGAUGCUGCCCAAACCUGGGACCUAUUACUUCCCCUGGGAGGUCAGUGCAGGCCAAGUUCCUGAUGGGGGCACACUGAGAACAUUUGGCAGGUUGUGCCUCUAUGACAUGAUCCAGUCCAGAGUAACACUGAUGGCUCAGCACGGAUCCGAUCAACACCAGGUUCUUGUCUGUACCAAGUUGGUGGAGCCCUUCCACGCCCAGGUGGGCUCCCUGUACAUUGUCCUCGGGGAGCUCCAGCACCAGCAGGACGGAGGCUCCCUGGUGAAGGCGCGCGUGCUGACUUGCGUGGAGGGGAUGAACCUGCCCUUGUUGGAACAAGCCAUCCGGGAGCAGAGGCUGUACCAGCAGGAGCGGGGCGGCGGCCAGUAGGAAACAGCAGCCCAGCAACACCCCCACCUGCUUCCAAGGCCAAACCCUCUGGAGCUGCGGGAGCCCCGGAGAGCGCAGACGCCUCCCCAGUGACGGCCUUGUCUGGAGCCGAAAGCAGAGGGGCGGAUGGUGAAUCCAUCCCCUUCCCCUACUUUGUGAUUAGCUCAUCAAUGAGAACCCAGAAAGCAUGCCAUAAAUCCGACAGCCCCACCCGGGGAGACUGCAGGUGGCUGAGCUCGGGUGCCAGACCGUGCUUGGUGUGGGGCCAUGGAGGGUUCCAGAAGGUCCUAGUGAAUAAAGGCCCAAGGGGCGUGCCCUCGA